AUGGAUGUCUGUAAUUACGACCUUCAAACAGCUCUUCAUAUUGCAGUCAUGGAAAACCAAGAGCAUAUUGUUGAAUUUCUUCUUACAAAAUGUAAACAAACAAAACUUGCUGACACAGCGAAAGACAGUUUACACAAGGAAGAUGUUGAUAUGAAUAAAAAGGAUCACAAUGGAAAAACUGCAUUACAUUUCGCUGCGAGCGCAAAGAAGACAGAAGCAGUGAAGUUUCUGGUUUAUGAUGCGAACGUUGACAGUUUAAUACCAGACAGGUAUAAUCGGUUUCCAAUGGAUGAAGAAAUGAACGAGGGAACCAAAAGCAUUAUAACAAAAUAUCAGAAUGCUCCCAAAGAAAAUAAAAUGGAGUUAAAAAUGUCAGCACAAGAAGAUGCAUUUGUGCUUGUUAUGAAGGCAUCUUUCAAAGGAAUACUGCACAAACAAACGGAUCCUCGGUACAAAUAUUUUAACAUGGAAAGUUGUGAUGACGAUGGAGACACCCCAUUGCAUAAGUCGGCUGUCAAUGGAAAUUUGGAAGAUGUUAUUUACCUCUUGGGUGGACGAAGAGCGUGUCUAUUUGUUCGAAAUAAAUUCUUAAAGACAGAUGCAACACUGAUAGAUCGACUUGACUACUAUGGCAGGUCUGCAUUACACAUUGCUGCAGCCGCCGGACAUACUCACUUGGUGAAAUUUCUCAUUGAACAAGGAGCAGAGAAAAAUAAAAUAGACAGAUACAACGUGACACCUUUUGAUGAAGCCAAAAUGAAUAGAGAUGACGAUAUGCAACAUAUGUUAAAAGACUGA